AUGAUGGUGAUGCCUCGGCUGACCAAGGAAGGGUACCGGAUCAUAAUCAACACGCAGCUCGACCCAGACCCCUCCAGCUAUGUCUUUGCUACCCACGCGAAGAUGGUUCUAAUGGAGCUCGAGAUAAUGAUGGGAGAAGACUACAGCCUUGGAGACGUCUACGUUAUCGAUCUGGCCAAUGCGACAAUGGGACACCUGCUCCGAACUGACAUAAACUGCCUCAGAAACAGUGAACUGUUGUCCAGGACAGCCUACUGCCGGAGAAUAAAGGGCGUUCAUUUCGUGAACUCUCCUAAGACAAUUGACGCCGUCGUGAAACUAGUGAAGUCGGCCACAUCAGAGAAAUUACACACCAGAAUCCACACCCACCUGCCCGGUUCCACGACACUGUUUGAGCACGUGGCUCGCGAGUACAUUCCAGAAGAGCUGGGCGGCACCGCUGGGCCUCUGGAGAAGUUCAGCUAUCAGCUCUUCAACAAAGCUUACGACAUGCGGCACUGGUUCCUGGAGCAGGAUAAUUACAUUUCGGACGAAACGAAGAGACCACCAGACAGCAAGCUUGCUCAGGACAUCUACGGAGCUGCAGGUUCCUUUAAGAAGCUCAGUGUCGACUGA